AUGUAUGUGAAAUGGUUUGAUACAGUAAUGUUUUACUAUGUGAUUUUAGUGUAUUUUGUGAAUGUCACUUUUUCACAUUCUAAAUUUCCCGCCGUACCGUCCCCAUACGUCCUGACGUUGAAGGGGAUGGAACCCAGAAGACAGGUGCCGGCAUCGGGGGACAUCACAGGGGACACUGCAGGAGGGACAUCGUGGGAGCGAAGGACAAGGAAAGUGAAGAAGAGAUCCCGGGAGUAGCGCUAAAAGGUAUUCCCGAGUGUAGCUCGGGGUUACCGCUUGUGCUACACUCGGGAAUACCUCCAGGGAGGUUA